UAAGCAAAAUACCUCUAAUUUUAUAACAUAGGCCUAAUAAUGUGAAAUUCUGGAUCGCCCCUAACUUCUAAACCUUCCUCCCCAUCUUCGUUCGCUCACGGCAAUCUCACCACCGCUGGAAUCAGCGCUCCACCUCUCACCACCGCUGCCCGCUGUGUUAGCAAAUCGAGGACAUGUAGAACGGGAGAAAUUGGGAGAAGAAGUCAUCUUCGUCUUAAUUCGGAAAAGAAAAUCGUCGAUCCUCAAUCAGUUUUUUGGUGACAUUUGAAGAAACACCACGCGGUUUUUACCUAUCAAAAAGCAAUGAAUGAACACACCGAUGACAUCUCAACUGAUGAAACCACCCAACGGAAACAUGCCGCCAUGAUCGACCGCCUAUCCAACCUCCACCAGGCCCGUAUUUCCACCAAAACCAACUCAAAAGACCCGACUUUUGAAUCCACCCAAUCAUUUCUCACCACCUUCACAAACUCCAAACAAUCAAUCGAAUCCUCCCUCACUCAAAUCCAACAAAUCCCAAACCAAGAUCCCAAUUCCGACCUCGAAAGAAUCUCCAAUUCCAUUUCCGACCUCGAAAAACUAGUUGCUGAAAACUCCUACUUUUUACCCCCAUACGAAGUCCGCUCAUCUCUCAAAACCAUCUCCGACCUCAAACAAACCCUCGAUUCCGUCACCUCCAAAGUCAAACCAAGAAAAAAAUUCUCCUUCAAAAACAAACCCACCAAGAAACAGGAACCGGAACCGAAACCAAAACCGGAAUCGGAAUCAGAACCCGAACACAAGACAAGCUACACGAUCAACGAUUCGCCGGGGUUUCGUGGCACGGAAAACGCGAUUCUAACAAAGGAAUUCACCGGAUCUGAGAUUCGGGAAUUUGUGCUUUCGGAUUUGACCAAUUGUGAGGUGAAGUUAAAGGGUCGUUUCCGGACAUUGUUUAUAAACCGGGUCCGGAAUUGUAAAAUUUACGUGGGCCCGGUGUCGGGUUCGAUAUUGAUUGAGGAGGCGGAGGGGUGUUUGUUUGUGUUGGCAUCGCAUCAAAUUAGGGUUCAUGAGGCUAAAUUGACUGAUUUUUAUCUUCAGUGUAGAAGUCGUCCGAUAAUUGAACGAAGUUGUGGGGUCCGAUUUGGACCUUACAGAUUGUGUUAUGAUGGGAUUGAAACUGAUCUCAAGGAGUCUAAUUUGUAUGAGGAUACAGGGAAUUGGGCAAAUGUGGAUGAUUUUCAGUGGUUGAGAGCUAUUCAGUCUCCAAAUUGGUCGAUUUUGCCCGAAAGUCAACGGAUUGAUAUGGUUAAGAUUUGAAUUUUGUUGUUUGCAUACUUUUAUUUCAUUAUUUGUGUUGGAUUUGAAUUCUGUUUUGUUGAUAAACGACCUUUUUUUUUUGUUAUAAUAAAGUUGUUCAAUGUUGAGUUUAAGAA